GGCCUCGCCAUCACCGUGCAAGUGUAGUCAUCGAUGACUUCGUAGUCUUAUUCGUCUCGUCCGGGACAUGCGGCCGAGAUCGGAACAUACUCACAAGUUACAACUCGUCGAGUGUUAAUUUAUAUAAAUAUAAUAUUACAUUAUAUUCGUUUAUCGUAAUUGUGAUAAUUAUAGUUAUCGCGCGAGUGAAUGCUUUAUAAUACAUAUAUACACCAUAUACAUCGCGUGUAAACGAUUGAAAAGUGUUAGCGGCAGCAAUUGCGAUCUGUCUGAGAUGAUCGUACGAAUGAAAUCUCAGUUGAAUAGUAGCCAAUAGACCAAUUUGGUGAUCCAUGUACUACAGCCUUUAACAUUAUAAUAUAUAAUUAACGAAACUAAACGUCAACUAUACUGUGUGAGCGUAAAUUUGCUGCCAUAGGUAUGAUAAUAAUGGAUUACGCAUUUGUAAGACAGAGACAAUAAAUGUCGGCGAGACGUCCUCUUAAUACCAAAUUAGGCAGUCAACGGAUUGAAAAUUAGGUGUCUACCAAGAGAACAGGAGAUGACGACCGACAGAAUUCCCAUAUGGCUUUACGACAAAAAACUCUGGAUCAACGACGCGGACAGGCAUACCACGUGCGCCGACGUGGCGACCACGUUGACAGGCCGCGGCAGUGAUUACGCUGUGGCCGUAGACGGUGCGCACACAGCCACCAUGGUGGCGGAUCCCAGCGUCAGAGUGCUAAAGAUCUGGCAGAGCUUGCGGCCGGACCAAAAGCUGUGCUUGCGAAAAGUGAGCGGAAAUGGCUACCAGCAACAACACCGUAACGGUCACAUCGUCGACAGCGUCACCAGCGGCGGCGUCGGCGACGAUGACGACGUAACGUCUGAGAUGAGCGGUUACCGGGGCGCUCAUAGGAAACGCCGCCGGGAAGUGGUAGUCAAAUAUGCCUCGCGGACAUUACACCCGAAGCGACUGAGCAACACGCAGGCAGCCGAGGAGCUACUGAAACUCAUACUGGAACAGAGCGACACGAUUCGAGCGCAGCUGAAAAAGUUGCAGGAUCGCGACAAGAAGAUCGAAAAGAUCGAGACGGAAACGCAUAGAAACCGGGCGGACGCAUUGGGAUCGAAUUAUCUGUUGGAAGCGUACCUGGGCGGCAGUGGAUGCGGCGACGACAAGGAGGAAAAGGACAGCGGUAUCACAGAAGGCGCUAGCGUAGAGAACGAUGACCGCGAUGACGAAAACGACGACGAUGGUGGUUGUGAUGUUAGAGGGAAAGGAGGAGUCGUCGGUGAAAUCGCAGACUCCGGAACCCCGCCGCCGUCGUCGACGCAAGAAGCCAUCGUCUAUCUGGAAAGGAUCGUCAAGAUCAACAAGAAAUUGUACGAAUACGAGGAACGUCUGAUCCGAUUGUACGUGAACGUGGAACGAUGCAGGGACCAAGAGCAACUGCUGGACGAACUGAAACGGGUCGAAACCGAGCUGGCCGACACCGAACGGAUGUACCGCGAAAACGCUCUGCUGAUACGCGAUACCGACACCGAACUGCGCACCAGGCUGAGCUACAUCGAACAGUUGCAGUACGAGGCGGCCAUCGUGGAUAGCGAGAACGAGUACUUGAUGGGAUCCAUCGAACUCCUGCAAGGCCGGCACCACCACAAUCCACAGAACCAGGUCGAAAACCACCAUCACGCGACCAGGGUGUUGGACACGUUGGUCUAGACCGGAUGAUUACAUCCGGUGCUGCUGUGCUGUAUACUUCCACAAUGGGGCGUGAAAAUCCCCCAAUGUUGAAAUCUCUUUUUUUUUUGUUUUGUUUACCUUGUACAUUGCAAACAGUAUAUGUUAUUCGACUACCUAUAUGUUAUUAUUACUUUUUAUGUACAUUUCAAUAAAUUUUAUCGUUAUUAAAAUAUUAUAAUUUCUAUGUAUUACAUUUGAACGAUUAUGUAUAUACGACAAAGUGUAUUUUUAUAAAGCAAUUAUUAUUGUUGACGGAAUUUAUGUUAUGAUUAAUGUAUGGAUUACACAUUUAUAAACAAAAUAUGAAUUGGUAUUGUGAUUUCCUAAUAGUUAACAAUCGCACCAAACAUAUUAUAGAAUUAGAGCUAGUUUUAAAAUGUUAGCACUUGCACUGAGCAGAUAAUACAUUCACAAUAUUAUAAUUUUGAGUUGGCAAAAACGUAAAUAAUAAAAUAAAUAUGAAUUAGCAGAUAAAUGUAAAAAAAUAAUUUAACCAUUCAUCGAGGUGUUUUCCCUAGGCAUAUUAUAAUUAUAAGCAUGAUUGUUAAAAUAUAAAUCAUCUAAAAGUAUACGUCAUAAAAAUAUUCAAUCUGAUGGAAAUGUUUAAGUAUUGAUAUACUUGCAAUAAUAAAGAUAAUUUUUUUAUACAGAAGCAAUACUAUUUGUUCACCUGAUACUAUUCUAUAUGUUAAUAAAUAAAAUAAUAAUAUAUAGUUUAUAAGUUUGCACCUUACAAUAAUAAGAAUAAUAGUUAUUAAAUUAAAAUUACUGCCAAGUUAAUGAAGAGGAGUGCUAGAUACUAAUCUUCAACGACCAAGUUUACUAUUAAAUAUAAUGUGAAAAAAAUCUGUAAAUAAUUAUGAACACGUGUAUACCAAAGCAUAACAUUACUGUUAAGUAAUUUAUAAUUUUGUUUUUAAAAUAAAUAAAGUAAAAACCUUAUAACCAA